UAUCUUCUCCUUCCUAUGCUAUCCUAUGUACAUAUAUUGUUAAACUUUUAUUUAAAAAUAUAGUAUUUUCUAUUCUGACUCACUGACUCUUGUAAUUGUUUUGUUUAGACUUGCUUCUUGAUUUGUUAUAACAACAGUAAUAUAGUUUCCAACAAUGUCUCUAGCGGAUGAAUUAUUAGCAGAUUUAGAAGAAAACGAUGAUGUAGAUCUUGAAGCUGCAAUUGAAAACCAAACGCAAGGAGAAGCAUCUCAUGAAUUUGCUGUACCAUAUCCUGUAAUACCUAAGGAAGAGGAAAUAAAAAAUGUUUCUAUCAGAGAAUUGGCUAAAUUGCGGGAUUCAGAUCGAUUAAAACGAGUUAUUACUGAAGUUGAACAAAAUAUAGGUAACAAGCGAAAGAAAAUUGAUGUCACUGGUUUAAUGGAAUCUGAUCCAGAAUAUCAACUUAUUGUAGAAGCGAACAACAUUGCUGUUGAAAUUGAUGGAGAAGUAGCUAUUAUUCACAGAUUUGUCCGUGAUAAAUACCAGAAACGGUUUCCAGAAUUAGAGUCUCUCAUUGUAACACCAUUAGAGUACAUUCGCAGUGUGAAAGAACUUGGUAAUGAUCUUGAUCAGGCUAAAAACAAUGAAACAUUGCAGAGUUUUCUAACGCAGGCUACUAUCAUGAUAGUGUCUGUUACAGCUUCAACUACACAAGGGAAACUUCUAACAGAUAAAGAGUUGCAAGAAAUAUAUGAGGCUUGUGACAUGGCCACUGAGCUUACAAGUUUUAAGUCCCAUAUCUUUGAGUAUGUUGAAAGUCGUAUGACUUUUAUUGCACCAAAUAUUACUGCAAUAGUUGGGGCAUCCACAGCUGCCAAAAUCCUUGGAGUGGCUGGAGGUCUGUCUAAGCUCUCAAAAAUGCCAGCCUGCAAUGUAUUACCACUGGGUCAACAAAAGAAAACACUAUCUGGAUUUUCUCAAGCAGCAGCUUUACCACACACUGGUUUUAUUUAUUUCUCACAAAUUGUUCAGGAUACAACGCCGGAAUUAAGAUUUAAAGCAGCCAAAUUAGUUUCAACGAAGCUCACUUUGGCGGCGCGAGUUGACGCAUCGCAUUCCAGUAUAGAUGGCCACAUCGGUCGUACUUUGAGGGAAGGAAUAGAGAAAAAGCUUGAUAAACUACAGGAACCACCUCCAGUCAAAUUCGUAAAGCCACUCCCAAAACCCAUAGAGCAAAGUCGUAAGAAGAGAGGCGGUAAACGAGUACGCAAGAUGAAGGAAAGAUACGCAAUGACAGAGUUCAGGAAGAACGCCAAUCGACUCAACUUCGCAGACAUUGAAGAUGAUGCUUAUCAAGAAGACUUGGGAUAUACCCGCGGCACAAUCGGUAAAUCAAGUACAGGCCGCGUGCGCCUGCCACAAAUAGACGAGAAAACGAAAGUCCGCAUCAGCAAGACACUGCAAAAAAAUUUGCAGAAACAGAAUCAGCAGUAUGGCGGCGCAACCAGCAUAAGGAGACAGGUCUCUGGUACCGCGUCCUCUGUCGCGUUCACACCUUUGCAGGGCCUGGAAAUUGUCAACCCUCAAGCAGCCGAGACACGCAUAAAUGAAGCUAAUGCAAAAUAUUUCUCAAACACCUCUGGGUUCCUAUCAAUAGGUAAGAAGACGACUUGAAUAGUAAAUACUAUACCAACGACAAAGUUGCAAAUUACGUGAAUUAUAUUUUCAAUAAAAAAUGUAAAUUA